AUAAAAAAAAAUAUUUGACGUGUUUGACAGCAGGUGCUCGCACUGUUUUUCCGCAAUCAUUUUUGUAAAAUAAAUUUUCGCUGUAAGCUCCGAUAGACUCGUUAAAAAGUUGCGUAUAAACAGUUAUUUUAGUGGAAGUGUUGUAAGGAUUAAUAUAAGUUGUCAGAUUUCUAUAGUAAUCUGUAGCAAACGUAAAGUGUUUUUAGAUUGUGUUCUUUGUUUGAUUCAUCGGCGCAGUUUUUUUCCAAGAUGCCUAUUUUGUUUAGUGUUGUGGCUAGGGGCACAGUAGUUUUGGCUAAAUAUGCCACCUGUCAUGGGAAUUUCACUGAAGUCACAGAGCAAAUUCUGUCGAAGAUACCGCCCCAGGAUGACAAGCUGACGUACUCCCACGGAAACUAUUUAUUUCAUUACAUCGCGGAAAAUAAAUUAGUUUUUUUCUGCAUCACUGAUGAUAAAUUCCAACGUUCUAGAGCAUUCCUUUUUCUCAAUGAGAUUAAAAGAAGAUUUAUAACAGCAUUUGGCGAUACGGCACAGACUGCUAUUCCUUAUGCAAUGAAUAGUGAAUUUGUCCGUGUGUUGGCUACUGAGAUGAAGCAUUAUAGUGACUCAAGAGAUCUGGAUACCAUAUCAAGAGUGCACGGAGAGCUAGAUGAACUCAAAAACAUAAUGGUUAAAAGCAUUGACAGCAUGGCGAUGCGCGGAGAGAAGUUGGAAUUGUUAGUUAAGAAAACUGAUGAUUUGGCGACAGCUGUAAAGUUGUACCGCACCGCAACAGUUAGAACAUUACAGCGCUCGCUGUUUUGGAAGAACAUCAAAAUGUACGUGAUCAUGGCCGUGAUAGCCGCUUUGGCGGUUUAUUUCAUCGGCGCCAUGGCUUGCGGCGGACUCGCGUGGAAAUCCUGCGUCGGUUAAAUCACAAUUUAAAAUUAACUGAAAUAACAAUUCCAGACUCCAACUAUUCUAAAUCACCUUCCGGAUUGUGCGAAACGUGUCUCGGCAAUAAUUUUAUCUACAUUUGAAUACCAAAUGAAAUGUAAAAUAAAAUGUGUUUUAUUUUUGACCAGAUACAUAAUUUUGUCUCAAUUAUGUGUUUAUACGAAUGGGUUUUAGGUAGAAUGUAAGUUGGAUUUUGUUUUAUGUGCACGUUUGUCUUGUUUUUAUUUUGACAAGUCUAUGGUGUAAUUAGUGAAUUCUAAUAUAAGCAACGUUUAUGAUCGAUAUACCUACCAGGAUAAUUGUUUCAUUCAUAAAACCAGUUAAAAGUUUUUAGCAUAAUUUUACUAUUUUAGAUUUAUGUCAACCAGUGGCGAAUGGCAAAAUUUUCCAAAA